AGGAGGGAAGGACGCACUUUCCCCAGUUCUCCUGAGAGAGGAACACACUGGCUGCUGGACGGCGAGGCACUUCAGACCCACACGCACUCACACAGAGCACAGUCAAGGACACAUGCGAGCGGUGGCGAGAAGAUUCCGAGGAGUCCCCAUCCAGGAUUUUGCGCAAGUCAUGGCAUUUGUUUGGAAACUAACGAAACAACGCGCUCCGCUGGAGACAAGUAAUUCACGAAGAUGAGUCACCAAGGGGAUGAUCGACAUCGCUCAGUGGUUCCGUGGACCUCUCUGGCGGGACAGCGUCCGUUCAGCCGCAUGAUUGUCACCCACAGAGCAACGCGCGUCUUUCGGUCACCUUCUGAAACGAUGCCUUGUGGCGACGUGCGUGGCGCGCCAGAGUGCGUGUGAGUGACUGACCGAUAGUCUUCCUGAGAGAGAGCGAGAGAAAGAGAGGCUGGAUAUAUUCAGCAGCCAGGCUUCCAGGCAGCGAAAGCCACACACCCAGAGAAGCCGCCUCGCCUCUCUCCCAGCUCCGCACACCCAUGCAGGAUGCCCGGGGAGCGCCGGGGAGUCCUGGUCCAGCUCAGCCGGAGUUCAUGACGCGCUGGGCGGCCUCGUCAUGCGUCUCUUGCCUGAGCCCAGCGCCCAAUCCCUCCGGCUCCUCUUCCUCUUUAUCUUCGUGAUGGGGGUGGCCCCCUCGCCGGUCCUCACAGCCGGCUGCCCGGACAGAUGCGUGUGCGACGACCAGCUGGUGGUCCAGUGCGCCGGGCAGGAGCUCACCCAGUUCCCCAAUGACCUGCCCCUGGCCACCCGGCAGCUCAUCAUCUCCAACAACCGCAUCGGGGACCUGCCGGCGCUGCAGCUCAACUACCUGUCCGACCUGGUCUACCUGGACUGCAGCAACAACUCUCUGACCGAGAUCUCCGAGUCCACCUUCGGGAACUUGCGCAAACUCGCCUACCUGGACUUGUCUUUUAACACGCUGCUGCAGAUCGAGGACCGGACUUUCGGGCCCCUGGCGUCUCUGGUGAUGCUCCGGCUGACGGAUAACCCGAGUCUGAGCGAGGUCCACUCGGACGCCUUCUCGGAGAACAUGGCUCUGCAGGUGCUGGAUGUGAGCCGGAACAACCUGACGGCUCUCAACAUCAGCAGCCUCAUCGCCCUGCCCGCGCUGCGCUCCCUGGGCCUCAGCGGGAACCCCUGGAGGUGCGACUGUGACACGGAGGACCUGUGCCUGUGGGUGCAGAUAGAGGGCUUCAAAUUCCAAGACGAAGGCCAGACAGUUUGCCACAGUCCCCCAGAGCUGGCGGGCCAGCGGUUGGCGGAGGUCGGCAUGCAGCUGCGGGCAGACUGCCACCAGGGUCUGGGCUACUGGGACUACCUCUUCUUCAUCGCCAUCGGCUUUGUCAUCUUCUCAGCUGGCACAGUGUCGGCGUGGGUGAUGGGGGUCCUCAUGGUGCUUUACGAGCGCUACAGCAAGCGGAAGAGCGAGGAGCUGGACAGCGACGAUGAAGACGAGAGAGGAGGGAUGAGCGGGGGAGGAAGUGGAGGAAGUGGGAACCAGGGGAAUGGGGACCUGAUCAAGCCUGGCAUGCAGGUGUGACAUACUGAUGUGAAACAUCAUGAGAACUGGAGGAGAGACAUGACGAGGACGAGGAUCCAGAAGGGAUGAGAGGACUUUGAGACCAAAGGCUCUGCAAUGAACCAAGAUCUGACUGUCUCUCUUUGUAACAGAUAUGGCAGUUUGCUCUCCGUAAUAUUGGAGAGAAAGGGUUUGUGUGUGUGUGUGUGUGUGUGUGUGUGUGUGUGUGUGUGUGUGUGUUUGUGUGUGAGAGAGAGAGAGAGAGAGAGAGAGAGAGAGACAGACAGACAGACAGACAGAGACAGCAAUAAGGAUGACUAUGCCUUCACUUCAGGACUACAGAAUGACCUCUGAGAUUAUUGAGAGCAAUAACCCCACACACACACACACACACACACACACACACACACACACACACACACACACACACACACACACACACACACACUGUCCAUCUCAGCACAGAUACUCUGGAGCUGGAUUCCCUGAGUAGGCGGGUGUACCUGCAUACUAUGUGAAGUGCUCUUGAAUAACUCUGUAAAUGAUGAUUAUAAUAAGGUAUGUUAUGUGAACCACACACACACACAUAUCACGCAGAGACAUCAAUGCAAAAUACAUGAGCCCAUAUUGGGGGGUCACAAAGAGAGUGAUGCCUUAGCUCUACUACAAUAAAAAGGGAAACUUAGUAAA